UUUAAUGUCAAAUUUGCUAACCAAGCGUCUACGCUCCAUUUUUUAAAGAAAUUUUAUUAAUUUGUAAAACGGAUUCAAAAACUUGCAGUGCUCGUAACAAGUUCUAAUAAAUUAAACUAUGAAUUAACCUUGUGCUUAAAAUCAAUCACAAUGGGCGACAAUUUCCAAAACAACAAAACAAUGGCGCCUGUUAUGAUGGAUUAUGACUUCAAAGUGAAGACUCAGAACGAGCGUUCGAAAGUGGAGGAUUUGUUUGAUUUCGAGGGUUGUAAGGUGGGGCGAGGAACUUACGGACAUGUUUACAAAGCAAGGAGAAAAGAUGGGUCCGACACAAAGGACUAUGCUUUGAAGCAAAUCGAAGGGACUGGUUUGUCCAUGUCGGCGUGUAGGGAAAUCGCACUUCUCCGUGAGUUGAAACAUCCAAAUGUGAUCAACCUCAUCAGGGUAUUUCUUUCGCACACAGAUCGGAAGGUCUGGCUACUUUUUGACUAUGCUGAGCAUGACUUGUGGCACAUUAUAAAGUUUCAUAGAGCCGCUAAAGCAAAUAAGAAGUCAGUGAUGGUUCCAAAGGGAAUGGUCAAAAGCCUGCUCUACCAAAUUUUGGAUGGCAUUCACUACUUACAUUCCAACUGGGUACUGCAUAGAGAUUUGAAACCAGCGAACAUCCUAGUAAUGGGUGAAGGUCCGGAACGAGGCAGAGUUAAGAUAGCUGACAUGGGUUUUGCGAGACUCUUCAAUGCACCACUAAAGCCACUCGCUGACUUGGACCCUGUUGUUGUGACCUUCUGGUACAGGGCUCCUGAGCUGCUGCUAGGAGCCAGACAUUACACCAAAGCUAUCGAUAUUUGGGCCAUUGGGUGUAUAUUUGCUGAACUGCUCACAUCCGAGCCCAUAUUCCACUGUCGUCAAGAAGACAUCAAGACAAGUAAUCCAUACCACCAUGACCAACUGGACAGGAUAUUCAAUGUAAUGGGAUUCCCCCAAGAAAAGGAUUGGGAGGACAUAAAGAAAAUGCCUGAGCAUGCCACUUUAGUUAAGGAUUUUAAACGGUCUAACUACCAAAACUGCUCACUUAGCAAAUACAUGGAUAGGCACAAAAUCAAGCCAGACAGCAAGGCAUUUAGUUUACUCCAAAGACUGCUUCUUAUGGACCCCAAUAGGCGAAUAACAUCCGAACAGGCCAUGCAGGAUCCCUACUUCACAGAAGAUCCACCCACAACACCUGAUGUAUUCGCGGGAUGUCCCAUACCUUAUCCUAAGCGAGAGUUUUUGACUGACGACGACCAAGAGGAUAAAAGCGACUCGAAGGCGAGACAGAAUCAGCAGCAGCAACAACCCAAUACUCAACAAAAUCAAGUACAAGCAAACAGCCAUGACCACGGUGCCAACAAUGCCAAAAGAAUGAGGAUGGCAGGUCCGAACCAAGGCAACAACACGACAGGCGGCGGCCAGCAAGAGUUCCACCAGCAACAGCAGAUGAUGUUCGGAGGGCAACAGCAGGGCAGCCAGUCGCAGCAGCAGCCCAACUUCCAGCAGAGGUUUUAGACGGCAGCGAACGGGUAUUAUAUGUGCUUGUAGAACGUAUUUCAACGACAAACCAUUAGGCCUGGUUUCCACCGUACAUAAGCGACUGCAGCGUAAAUACAAACGAGUAGGUUAUCUUCAUAGAAACGCACCGAGCGCGGUUUGUAUGUGAGCGCGCCAAUACGUAUGCGGCGCGCACGCACACACUGACAAAAUUCGGCGGAACUCCCCGAUGAUCGUUAAAUUUUGUCAGUGUGUGUGUGCGCGCUGUCGCCCAAUAUGCGCAGUCGCCAGAGUAAAUACAAAUGAGUAGGUUAUCUUCAUAGAAACGCACCGAGCGCGGUUUGUAUGUGAGCGCGCCAAUACGUAUGCGGCGCGCACACACACACUGACAAAAUUUAACGUGGAUUAUUGGGGAGUUGCGCCGAAUUUUGUCAGUGUGCGUGGGCGCUGCAUACGUAUUGGCGCGCUCACAUACAAACCGCGUUCGUUGCGUUUCUAUGAAGAUAACCUACUCAUUUGUAUUUACUCUGGCGACUGCGCAUAUUGGGCGACAAAACGCGGCGGCAGACGACAUGUCGCGAAGUCGCAACGACAGCUAAUAUGAAAUGACGCGCGCAUGCGUUUUCUGGCCGCGUCCGUCGCCGCAUUUUGUCGCCCAAUAUGCGCUGUCGCUUAGUGUGCUUACCAUGAGUUUACGUUAGGUGUGAUAGCUAGCGACUGCGUAAAAAAAUGUCAUUAGAAUGUAUGACAGAUUAUGCAGCGCCCCUAGCGGCUACUUUCAAAAAGUAAAGUCUUCAUUUUUUGUCGUACUCGCUAGCGAGCCACUCAUGGUAAGCAUGCAGAUAUUAUUCAGAUUGAAUGAAAUCUGGUUGGUUAUUCAAAAUAUUUCUCGGCUCCGUAUUGGUGGAAACCGAGCUUUACAUCUAUAUCUUUUAUCUAAGCAAAGUAGGCCGAAAAUCAUAUGGACUACCUCAAAAAAGAUACAGGAUGCUUCACUACUGAAUUUUGAAAAUUAUUUACUUGUAUUUAGUUCGAAAACUAAUGAAAGAAUUUAAAAACUUGACAUAAAAUUCAAUUUUGUUUUAAUAAUUUUUUAUUCACGUCAAAAUGUGACAUUCACUAUAAUCAACUGACUUCAAAAUGCAGCAAUUAAAAGUGACUUAUUAUUAUAGACAGCGAUUUGAACACUGACAUGUUAUAGUUGAAAUAAGUGUUAUUUUUCAAUGGCAAUGUGAAGCCGUGAAACACGAUUUCUAUGUAAAAACUAAUUUAGAAACAUUUUGAAGCUCAUUAGUGAUGUCAGUUGAUUAGUGACAAAAGCAUUGACAAACUAUUAUUAUUAAAAGAAGUCCUAAUUGCCUAUAAUUUUUCCAAAGCAUAUUCCAACCAAAAAUGCUUAAUAAAUAUAAAUCUUUUUUCGCUUUAUUUGGAAUCAUGAAUAAGUUUCGACCGCUAAUGCCACUUGACAUUUGACAUUGACACUUCUUCCACAAUUUAUUAAAGAUGGCCCACGCUGAACUGCCCCACCAAACUCAAUGACAGAGGGGCGCUACCAUCGUUCAACUAUAUGGUUUCCAACAUGGCAAAAAUCGGAACCAGCAAUCCGGUAUUGACGGUGGCGCCCCACUGUCAAUGUCAUGGAUAGGACAGUUCAGUAUUUUGGAACUAUAGACUCAAUGAACAGUACCUGUACAAUAAAUAAAUAUUUGUUUAUGGUAAUUAAAACGAUAAGUUACUUCGCAUAUUUUAGGCAUAAUUAAUUACUUUGAAACACUGAUUUACUGUUUUCAAACAUAAUUAAUCCAUUGCUUCGAAAUUUUAUUUGUUUAAUUAAAAAAAUAUUAUGAGUUAUUUAACAUGCAGUUUAUAUGCUUGAGAGUUCAGUUGCGAGCAGAUGUUAAGAAAAAUAAGGAAGUAUUUAUCGCUUACGCAAUUUCAAUUUGCUUGUUCCCAAUGAGUCACACAAACCGUUACUCGUUGGAAAUAAAUCUCAUACAGUCACACUAUUUUCUUACUGUAAGCUUUAGAUUACUUCAUUAUUUUGAUAUUUAAUGUUUGUGAUUAGUACCAGUGUGACUCGUUUCACUUCGACCGCUGUGAUAAUGUGGUGAACCCCUCCCUUACAUGCUAUGAAAUGUUAAUAUUUAUGUUAUGAAAACACAUGAAUGUUCUCUACAGGGUGUUAGGUAAAUGAGUAUAUGAGCCGACACUAGCCCAUGUUAACAUGGGCAUAUAAACGGUGGUAAUUUUCAAACAAAAUAAAUUUUACAAAAUCCGAUUUGUUUGAAAAUUAAAAUAAUUAAAAUGAAGAUAUCAAUUUUCUGACUUCACCAUAGCAUUUAUAUGCUCAUGUUAACAUGGGCUAGUGUCGGCUCAUAUACCCAUUUACCAAACACCCUGUAUAGCAGUAAUUCAGAUAAAUAUGAUUUCAAUAUUAAUAAAAUACAUAAAUAAGUACCUCUUGAAAUACACUACAAGCACUUAGGACGCAGAACGCAAGUACAAAACGUAUGACAACAUUACUUUCUAUGUAUUUUGAUCUGAACAUGCAAAAACAUAUUGUUAGACUUCAACUGAUUAUGAUAAUUGUGAAUGUAAAUAUAAUUUAAUAAGACUGUCGAAUUAGAUGUAAAUAAUUAAUUAUAUUAUUAUUAAAAUAUACAUAUGAAAGAA